AUGGUGAGUCACAAGGACAUUUUAGGUGCCCUCAUAGUGUGUUUACUCACAGAAUAUUGUUCAAGCGGAAGAGUAAACAGGAAACACAUUGGAGAUAAUCCAAUAGUAACAGUGACAGAAGGCAAACUUAGAGGUGCCGUGGGUACCUUGUUAGAUGGAUCUAAAUACUACAGUUUUAAAGGGAUCCCGUAUGCACAGGCGCCUCUUGGCAAACUAAGGUUUCAGGCACCACUACCAACAAAACCGUGGGAAGGCAUUCGCGAUGCAAUCGAACAUGGCCCCAUUUGUACUCAAUACGAUUUAAGUAUUUCAAAACUGAUUGAAGGCAGUGAGGAGUGUCUCUUUGUAAAUGUUUACACAAAAUCAUUAAGACCUGACGCCAAAAUUCCAGUCAUGGUAUUCAUCCACGGUGGCAGUUAUAGUUACAACUCUGGCAACUCGGAAACGUUCAGCCCGGAUUUGUUGGUGCGACACGAUGUUAUAUUAGUAACCUUAAACUACCGUUUGGAACUCCUGGGAUACCUAUGCCUCGAUACGCCCGAGGUUCCAGGCAAUGCCGGCAUGAAAGACCAAUCUGCCGCAUUGAGAUGGGUUAAAAACAACAUAGCUCGGUUUGGUGGUGACCCAGAUAACAUCACUAUAUUUGGAGAAAGUUCAGGAGCUAGCUCUGUCACGUCUCAUAUGUUAUCACCUAUGUCCAAAGGAUUGUUUAACAAAGCGAUUGUUCAAAGCGGCACAUGCAUACACGACUGGGCGAUCGACAGGAACGCAAAAGAGCGGGCUUUUCGAGCGGGAAAACUUUUAGGUAAAGAAACAAACGACACUAAUGAGCUAUUGGAGUUUCUACGUAGUUUGAAGCCAACGCUAUUAACAAACCUUGCACAAAAAACAAUGACGUACGAUGAGACAUACCGAGGACUACCUGAGUACUUUAUCCCGGUCGUUGAAAAAAAGUUUGAUGGAGUAGAGGCUUUUAUGGACGAGGAACCAAUCGAUUUGCUAUUAAAAGGUAAAGUGGCCGAGGUGCCGCUAAUGAUUGGUUACAAUUCUGCCGAAGAUUUAGUACUAAUAAAUUAUCUCACAGAAAAACUGGACGUUUAUAAUAAGCAUCCAUCCUAUUUCGUCACCAAAGAACUAGCAGCGAAUAUAGGGGAAGAGAAACUGAAAGAGUUCGGUGACAGAGUGAAACAAUUUUACGUAGGUGGCCGAAAUUUAACUAAAGACGAUCCCGAGAUAAUUGAAAAAAUUGGCAGUGACAUCCAUUUCUUCUACAACACACGCAGGUUCACCAAUCUGUACAGCACUUCUUGCCAGCCGAUCUACAUGUACCGGUUUAAUUACGACACAGAUUUAAACAUUGUUAAGAAUGACACAGGAUUUGGCCACUUGAAGGGAGCGAGCCAUGCCGACGAACUUUUCUAUAUGUUUUAUAACUUUUUGAACAAGAAACCGUACGACGAACAAGCAAAAUUAAGAGAAUUGGCGCUUAAAAUAACAACGCUGUGGACUAAUUUCGCUAAAACUGGUAACCCCACACCAAAUCAUUGCAUGGAGGUUGAAUGGCUCCCAUAUACUGCAACUGGAAAGGAGUAUUUGAAGCUAGAAGAGGAAAUGGCGAUGGCAAAAUUUGCAGAUAAGGAUCGUACGAAGUUUUGGAACGAGUUAUACAAGGAGGCCGGCGUUGCUUACAUUAAAUAA